ACAGCAGCAGCAGCCAGAGAGAAAUGAUGGACUUGUGGCAGUGCCAAGCAGAACUGGUGGAGCUGUACCAAACCCCCUCCCACAAACUCAAUUCCUAUAUUACGGAACACCUCUUGCCCAAUGAGGUCUUCCGCAGAAAUGUCCAAGAUGCUGUUGAUAGAAUCUGUUCUUUCCUGAAGGAGAAAUGCUCCAUGAAAGCCAGGGUCAUCAAGACCGUCAAGGGGGGCUCUGCAGGAAAAGGAACAACCUUGUAUGAAAAUUCAGAUGUUGACCUGGUUAUCUUCCUCGACUGCUUCGACAGCUACUCAGAACAGGCACAGACACGUGAUUCUGUGAUCAGAAUUAUUGAGCAGAAUCUGGAACGUUGCCGCAGGAGUCUAGCUUUCCAAGUUGAUAUCCUACCACCACGGUCAAAAGGUGAACUACGGCGCUCACUCUCACUAACGAUCCAGUCAAGAAGGAAAAACGAAGCUGUUGAGGUGGAUGUUCUUCCAGCAUUUGAUGUUUUAGGACAAAUAACUGAUACAUACAAACCACCUCCUAGAGUCUACAUAGAUCUCAUUUGUGCUGGUGGAAAACCUGGUGAGUUCAAUACUUCCUUCACAGAGCUGCAGAGGAAUUUCAUAAAGCGCUGCCCAGCCAAAUGCAAGGACCUCUUGCGUCUAGUCAAGCAAUGGUACAAGGUUUACAAGAAGUGCCUGAGAGAGAUGUAUCAACCAACAGUAUCCCUUCCAUCCAAGUUUGCCUUGGAACUGUUGACCAUCUAUGCUUGGGAGCAAGGAACUGGCAGAGCACAGCAAUUCAACACAGCGGAAGGAUUUUGCACAGUGAUGAAGCUGCUGGUUCAAUAUCAAGAUCUCUGUAUCUAUUGGACAGAGUACUACAACUUUGACGAGCCCAUAAUAGCAGAAUAUGUAAAAAACCAGCUGAGGGGAACACGUCCUGUGAUCAUGGAUCCGGCAGAUCCAACAGGAAAUGUUGCCCGGGGGAAAGGUUGGGAUCUGUUGGCGAAGGAGGCAUAUAACUGCCUAAGCAUGCCGUGCUGCAUGAAAGGCAGUGAGCCUGUGGAUUCCUGGCCUGUGCAGCCCGCCAAGCCAUUUGAUGACCCUCGUUUCUGUAUUAUCAUAUGAAGCUGUUCUGGACCAGAAGAAGGGAGGUAGGGCAGAAAGAAGAGGAGGAGGAGAAAUAUAAGACAUAUACCAGUGAAUCAACAGAGCUGACUACGAUGUUAAAGAACUAGAUGAAUAAAAUAUAUACACCAUUUACAA